GACUCAAAAGCUGUACCCUUUUGAUAUAUAUCUAUCUCUACUAUUUUGGAGUUGUCACUUCUCCUUCACAAGUUCCAUUGAAGAGCAUUCUCUUGUCCACCAAAGAUUCGCUGCUAUAAAGUCUCGAAUGUUCAUAUUCAAUUGGCACUAUUCAUUCAUCUAAAAUGUCGAAUUUCACAGACUCUUCAACCUUCUCCUCGGCGCCAUCUUGUGCGUUACACCCUCGUUCAUCUAUACUAUCCGGGAUUUCUGAUCACACGCUGGGUGUAAUUCUACCCACAUUGAUUUACAUCAUUGGGGGUUUAUUCUUCCACAUUGUCAAUGAGCUUGAAUUGUUUAGCAACUAUCGCAUCCAUCCACCGAAGGAGGAACUACAUCGAAACCGCGUGUCAAAGUUGGGCUGUCUGCUUGUUGUCAUUCGUUACCAUGUCAUACAGAUCGUGAUAGGACUACUUCUCACCUACAACAAUGGGCCUGAGCUUGUGGAAAUUGGAGGUUGCGAAACAUAUCAGUGGGUGAGACGGAUUAGAAAGUGUCUUACGGUCAUUCCUUGGGCAUUGACACCGCUCGGUUUAGAUACUCAAGGACUUAUGUCGAAAUUUAGCAAAACACCUUUGCUGGCGCAUUUCUCGGCAAACAGUCAUGAGAUAUCACCCAGUCCGACCUUCACUGCUCUGGAGUGGAACUUGGCGCGUAUUAUAGUUUCUUUCGCCGUUCCAGCGAUACAGUUCUUCGUUUACCUCGCAGUUGUCGAUACAUGGAUAUAUUUUAUGCAUCGUCUCUGUCAUAUCAACAAGACUCUUUAUCGGAUUGUUCACGCUCAGCAUCAUGAAAUUUACGUUCCUUAUGCUUAUGGAGCCGUAUACGCCCAUUGGCUCGAAACUCUCUUCUUGGAUAUCUCGAGCUUUGCCUUAGCAAGUGCCAUUUCAGGAAUUUCAGUUCGUCAAGGAAUGAUUGUAACAUCGCUGGCGACGUUGAAGACUCUUAGUGAUCAUUGCAAUUUUGUAUUUCCUUGGGACCCUUUUGGGUAUGUCAAUGGAAACAAUGCAGCAUUCCACGAUUUGCAUCAUCAAAGUUGGGGUCUCAAGUUUAACUAUUCUACAUAUACCGUGUUUUGGGAUAAAUUCUGUGGGACUGAAUGGACUGAUACUCCAGGUGCAGACAUACGCUACGCUCGCACUCGUGAGUUAAUCAGAGCUCGCAGGGAGACAGACGAGGUUACUAUUGUGCACCCGAAAACGGCGUAGAGGAGAUUUAGAAUAUCUACCCACGGAGAUAAAGUAUCUUGUGCCUCGGAGUCGGAAAUAUGUAUGGAGGGGUUACCUAUUCUUUGUAGCCAAUGUGUCCAAGAUUUCAGACUGCAAUUUUAUUUGAGUUCGUCGGAUUUUGAAUCUUGGGAGAAAGUUUCAGUCAUUUUGAUACGUUUUUUUAUAUCCCAGAUAGAUAAUAGUCAAAAGUGUUUCAAUUUGAAAUGAAAUACAGUUGCCAGGAUAAUUUCAAUAUCCAAUAGUUCCUGAUUGUUGGGCUGCAGUCCGGACUACCAAGCACAGUGCACACAUUGCUCGUGAUCCCUAUCGGUCUGCAUCUCAAUCUUCUACUACACUUUCUCAAUUGAGCGCGGAAGAGAUUUCAGUCUUGUUCCGGCAUAGCGCUGGGGUUGUCACACCUAAUUAAUUCUACCAAUUGUGCCGCGUUUCCA